UUCCACUAGGUUGCAACCUUCAAAAUCAUCCAGUGUGACAUUCUUUGUUAAUUAAAUGCUAGGAGUUGUUCUGCCACUGCUAUUACAAAGAUCCUGAAAGAUGUUGAGAAUGAGAACAAUUAAUUAAAUUACAAUUUCAUUGCUAGCUGUUUUGUUUUCAUUGGUCCCAAGCUUUUUCAUUUAUUUUAAGGUCCAUUAAUGUCUUUGGUUGGAACAGGCACGUGUGUUAAUGUGUGGGAUCAAGUAACAAUGCCGGCCUUGUCAGACAGCAGAGGAGGCCCUAUUUGGUCCCUCUGUACUGCUUUGUUUCUCAGGAUGAUAAUCGGCAUCUUGGCAGAAACCUGCACCUUUGGGGUGGGGGUGGAGAGUUGUUUUCUACAGUGUAAUCUUUGUUUGGAAUCACCAGCUGCUCUGUGACAUCAUCAGGCUGGAACUUCUUAUACAACAAUUGCUAUCCAGGCAGAGGAGGAAGACCCUGGCAAAGGGAAGAGAUGGUUCUUCAAUUCACCUGAGAAUCAUCUCCCCCUCUCCUAACAACUGAAGCCCUCCCCUUAGCAGAUCCAAAACCUCAGCUGUUUCUGUGGCUCAGCUGAAAAAAUGGAAGUCCUGAACGAUUGUCCUUCUCUAUGUUUGUGAUUCUAGCUGCGCCUUCUCCCAGCCUGGCUAUUUCAUCCCAGGUGCUCUGGCAUUGCCAACUGUACUGCUGGCCUCUACAGCGUCAUAAGAUCUUUAUGCAAUCUUCUUGACAUUUGCACCUGUGCUCUUAUGGAAAGAGUGAAUCUCACUUACAAUUCCUGAAAAAUGGAGCACGAACUUGGAAGAGAAUCCAAAAAUGAGAUUGUGCAGGCUGAAAACAUCACGCCUACGGGCCCAGAUGAACAACCUGAUAACAACAUAGUCGAAGUCUUAAAUGAGCAGGCUGAAGAGACCAUCCGUCUCCAAGGCCCAAAUGAACAAACUGAGGAAAAUGAAAACCAAGGCCUAGAUGAGCCGCUUAGCGAUAGCACAACUCAAAAGCUAACAGAACAAGAGGAAAAGAACCAGCCCCAAGAGCUAAGUGAACUGAGUGAAGGAAGCCAACUUCAAGACCUGAGCGAGCAGGAUGAGGAAAACCAACUUCAAGAGCUAACCGAGCAGGGUGAGGAAAACCAACCUCAAGAUCUGACCGAGCAGGGUAAAGAGAGCCAACUUCAAGACCUGACCAAGCAGGGUGAAGAGAGCCAAUUUCAAGACCUGACUGAGCAGGGUGAAGAGAGCCAAUUUCAAGACCUAACCAAGCAGGCUGAAGAGAGCCGAUUUCAAGACAUGACUGAGCAGGGUGAAGAGAGCCAAUUUCAAGGGCAAAGUCAGCAGGGUGAAGAGAAACAACCUGAGGAAUUGAGUGAAACAGCUGAAGAGAAUCAACUUCAAGAACUGAGUGAGCCAGAUGAAGAGAGCAAGCCCUCAGAUAUAAGUGAACUAGAUGAAAGUAGCAAAGUACAAGAUUUAACUGAGCAAGUCAAGGACAAUGAGCCCCAAGAUUUCACAUAUUUGGCUGUGGAACCAAUAAGGAUGCAAGAACAGACAAUCCUUUAUGAUCAGCCAGCCCCACCCUCUUUUAUUGAUUACCUAGCUAUUUCUAUUACUGGAAGGCAGGAUGAACAGGGCAGAUCAGCUGCUCCAGAAUCCAUAUUAGAUAUUACUCAACUUGAAAGAAAAGACAGCAAAAUCCAAGAUAUAAAGAAAAUUGAGAGAAGUAAGAUUUUCUCAGAAAUAACUGAGAGGGAGCAUUAUCAACCUGCCACUGAAGUUUCAUCACUAAAACCCAGAAAGAAAUCUGCUAAUAUUAAAACUGAAAGCUGUACUCCUAUUCCCAGAAGUUACUAUCAGCAUACCAAGCCAGUGGUUCCCAGAAUUACCCUGCCUCAAACAUCUGAUAAAGCAAUUCAGUGUAAUAAGAUGCUCAUGCGACGCCUGACACCACUUAGGAAGCCACCCCCUCCGAAAGUCACCACCCCCAAAACAAGCCCACAAACCAAAGAUAAAGACACCCAGAUUACUACUUCCUUUGAAACAUUGUUGAAGAGACCACUAGUUUCAGUAGAAAAGAAGAAAAAAGAGAAGAAUAAGCCAGUUCCCAGGGGCCCUUCAAAGCAAGCUUCUCCAAGCAAAACCCGCCCAUCCCCUUCACGCAGAAAGAGUGUCAGCUCUUCUGGCAGCCAUGUCUCACGAUCCAUGCCAACAAAAAAGAGCAAGAAGCCUAAUGUUAUCUACAAUGUCCACAUAACUGUGUAUGACAGGGGGAGAGACAUUAAUACCCAGUUUAUCAAGGACACAGCCUGGGAAGAUUGUAUUGUGUGCUCAGGGCUGUCUAGAAUCUGCGCUGUUUUCAAUGUCUUGAAGUGUGGCAGAGUUCCUGUCAGCAAACUCCUAUUUGUACUUCAUACUCUCAAGAUUCUAGUGACCAGAGAUGAGAUGUAUUGUGCUCUUCAGUUAAUGAAUGUGGAUGUACUUGGGACUCUGAAUUUUUCAGAUUUUCUGGAAGUGGUGAAUAAGACCUCCCCAUUUGCCCAAACAGAAGGAUUCCAGAAUAUCCUCUGGGCUUUCAGGAAAAUAAAGAAAGAUAUGGUUUGUAUUGAUGAUCUGAGGUUAAUCCUGGAAAACCUUGAAGUCAACCUGACCUGUGAAACUAUACAUGAUGCACUAAAAUGCACUCGUAUUAAUAAAAAUAGGCUUCUGAACUUUAAGGAAUUUAUCCUGGCUGUAAGGGAACUACAGAAGCAUCCUGCAGAAGAAGUAUUUCCGAGUGAAUACGCGCUCUUGGAACGGAAGCCUUUUCAGGAUGUGACUGGGCUUGUCGGUGCUGAUUCGAGAUGGAGAAGAAAGUAUCAAAGCUAUUUUGAUAGUGAAACAUCUGAAUCCACAACCCCAUACUUCUCAGGACUGACAUCUUCAUCUACAUAUAGUGAUUUUGACGAAGUCCACAGAAAAGUGUCCUGUCCUUUUGAGCAGAGUAUCUUGAAAGAUGAACAAGCAGAUGAAGAUCAUAAAAUCACAAUAGUGAAAAUUUUGCAAUCCGAUACUGCUGACCAAAAAGUGCCCGGCACUGCAUCUUCUGUAGACCAUGAAGAAAGCAACGCUAAAGAGUCUGACAAUGUAGAGGCGAAAAAGUCAGUGACAGAUGUUCCUGUUAUAGAAAGCACCAGUGCUGAGCCUGAGCCUGACUUAACAGAGGAGAAAAAAGACAUAUCUGAUACUCCUGAUCAAAAUAUCCCACCUGUGGAUAAUGCAGAGGACAAAGAUAAAGAGCAGGACAUCGUAGAGGAAAAAUCUUAGACUUUGAUUCCUCAGUUCAGGUUACUCAGCUUCCACAGGUCACCAGUCAAUCUAUGUGUAAAGAGAAGGUCGGUUUUCUGAAGUUUCUGAGUUUCCACCAACCAAUCUCGUGUAGGGAAAUCUCAAGUCUUCUCUGAUAUUAUGUGUGCUCUUUGCCCGGCCAUAUAAUCAGCUGGAGCAAAUUUCUAAAAUCAAAGAUAUUAGGAAAGGAAGUCAAUUCCUCCUGAAAGUGGAAUAAGCUGGGGAGGCAUUCAGGGUUAUUUUAUAUGACUCAUUGUAGACGAUUCCUUGGCAGGCCUGAAUAAAAUUCAGCAGGUGUGUGUCUA